AUGGAAGAUAAACCUGAGCAACCUCAAGUACAAUUAACAAGUGAAAAGAAGAAGGACCCUAAGAGGGUAGCUGCAGGGAAAAGGUUAGCUGCAAUCAGUAAGUUAGCCAAGGAGAGAAAAAGGAAGCAGGCUGAACCUAGUGAGUCACCUAGUAAUGACAGCAUGAUUACCUACAUAGGAGUGGCCAUAGCACUGAUAUCUCUUGUGCUAGCAUAUGAAACACAUCAGAGGGAAACUAAGGAACCAGAACCUAAGCUCAUCCCUAAAACCGUAGAAAUAACUAAGAAAGCUGAUGAGUCCAAGUUAGAUUCACUUGAGUGA